AGCCGAGACGGGGAGCAGCAAAUCAUGAAGGAAGUGAUUAAGCGCUGCGACGAACUCGGCCACAUCACAUUUUCCGAGUCGGUGGUCACUUUCCUGUUGACGUUGAUGAUCAUGCUCACCUUCACUCAGAAGCCGCACUUCAUCCCCGGCUGGAGCGACGCCUUGCCCCACAACAAGAUGAUCAAGUCGUCGGUGCCCAUGAUUGUGGUGAUGACCAUGCUGUUCGUGGUGCCCCGGGAGAGCAACGUCCUCGGACAGGGCGAGCUGGGUAUCAUCACCUGGGACGAGGUGUCCGACCACGUGAAUUGGGGCACCAUCUUGCUCAUCUGCGGCGGCAUGACCAUCGCUGACGCGUCCACGAAGUCUGGCCUAUCGGACCUCAUGGUGGUAGGCCUGGAGCUCUUGGACCCGGUGCCGGACUGGAUGAUGGUGGUGCUGCUGUGCAUCAUCGCCUCGGUGCUGACCGAACUGACGAGCAACGCGGCCAUCUGCAAACUCAUGCUACCGGUGGUGCUCGAGAAUGCCUUACACCGGCGAAUCAACCCGCUCUACUUCAGCAUUCCCACGACCAUCGGGUGUUCGUUCGCGUUCAUGCUGCCAGCUGCGACGCCACCCAAUGCUAUCGUCUACCACAUGGGCCACAUGACCGCUUGCGAAAUGGCUGGACCGGGAUUCAUCAUGAACAUAAUCUGCAUCUCAACAGAGAUCAUCGCCAUCAACACGUGGGGCGCCUACGUGUUCAAGGUCAACGAGUAUCCCCAGUGGGCAAGCGUCAAGUAA